UCGGGACUCCCUCUCCGCUGCUCAGUGGUGCUACAGAUGCAGCAGCGGAGCGGAGCGCCACGCUCAACGUCUGACAUUACACACGGAUCUCUACACGUUUACUGGAUUUGGGAAUCAAACAAAGUGGAUGACCUGGGUAUAUAAGGGGUCUCCACAGCUGAGGUUAGGACGAGGACGCGAUCCGCUUCUUCUCCACCUGCCCAUCAUCGGACCGAGUGCCCUGGUGCCGGCCACCCUCGGGUCGUCUCAUCCAGGACGGGUGCCAAAACAAUAAGUCUUGACCUGCCGCCCCUGAGAAGACCUGCGCUAAACAAAUAUUUGGGGCCAUUGUAUCUCAUUUCACCGGGCAGCCACCACCAAGAAGAUCAACAGUGAAGGGUGCAGUUAAGAGACGAAACGAGAGAAGCGAAGAGAGGGGGAGGAAGAAGUAACCCUUCCAAAGUGCACCCCUGCCUAUUUCUGCCACGCUGUGGGCAGGGAGCAUCUUAUUUGGGAGCUCUGCUGGCUGACAAAAAAAGCACUUCCCCAUUGCCUGCCUGGUCAGAUGCCUGGGUAAAUGCUAGAUAGAGAUAUCAAUUAGUCUGAGUUCUUCCACCGCCCAACAAAGAGACUGUGAGCUAUCUAUAGAAAACAUAGCAACAAACUUGGACUUUGCGGUCACUUGAAUUACCACUUCUUCAUAACCCUUUCAGAAAGUUUCGAGAGCUGUGAGAAACAGGAAUGAGAGUCGCUGCGAUUUUUCACUUUUAGAAACUUCUCCAAAGCCAACAGCAGCUCACUGUGGGGACCGGAAGCUCAGAGCCAGUUUAGAAGCUGCAGUUUUGAUGUCUUUCCCAGCUCAGUAAGGUAACAUGAAACCCCUCACUCCAAUUGGGUCCCCCUCUCCUCUCAGGCUGCUGAACAAGGGUCCGGAUUACCUACGCAGGCAGAUCGACGGUGGGGGUCACGGCCGUUCGGUCAGCGCUGUGGAGAGGCUUGAGGCCGACAAAGCCAAAUACGUCAAGAGUCAGCAGGUGAUCAACACCAAACAAGAACCUGUGCUUGUGCCCUGUGCCACGCCACCACCGCAGCCUCGGAGAGCCAUCUCUGUCCCCGGUAGCUUGACCCCUCGCUCUUCCCCGCGGCGGUCCAACACCCCCUUCUCCACUCUCUCUGGCUCCUUCACCUCAAAAGACGAAAAUGAAAAUGAUGAUGCCAGAAAGGAGAACAGACAGACUUCUACUGACAUCAAAACACACAACAGGAGCAACGUGAGCAAAGUUAUGCCUCCAAGUCCCAGGACGCCUGGAAUCAACGGCCUGGUAGCGCCACACAGUGCCCCAGUUCUCAGAAGGAGUACAGGCAAGCGCAUGCUGAGGCCAGACUCCCUGUUAAUAUACAGGCAGAAGAAAGAGUGCAAAAGCCCCAACAGCUCCACACUGGGAGAGACCAAUAACAUGGAGCUGAAGGGAUACAGUUUUGUACGUCGCCUCUUCCAGGGUUCAAUGAGAGAAAAGAGCGGCGGAGGAGAAAGAGUUCAGAAGAUGGUGAUAGGUGACGAGAAAGCACCCUCACGGGAUGGGGACUCUAGAAUGUCUUGGACCAACGACAAAGAUGUCACAGAUGGAGGACCAAUGAGUCGAAGGUCAAGCAAGACAGACCAAGAACGCACCCCAGAGUCUAUCCAAAGUCCAGGUUUUAACUGCACGUUAGAAAACACAAAGAAUGGUUUUAUUAAUGGCGCCACCGACCAAACAGACAUUAGGCACGAUGAUGAGAGUGAUCCAUGGAAGCGUGCUUUCCCGAUGCCACAGAGAAGGCAGUUUGGAGAGCUGCUGCGCUCCAAGUCAGACCUGCGGUUGCGCUGUUCGGUAGCUUUGUCAGAGCAGGAGCAUUUCUUUGACUUCUGUGGACUGGACAUGGACAUGAUAGAGCGUCUGGGCCGGGAGAACUUCCUCUCUUACGCCAGCUCAAUAGACACACUUUCCUUGGCUCUGCGGAGCGUAGGAGGGGACGGCUGUGGCGGCUCAGAGCCCAGCGAGUUUUCCCGUCACUCAGGAGACGGACUGUUUCAGGAAGAACUGGCAGAGCAGCUUCCCACUGGCGUGUCCAUCAUCGAGAGAAAUGCCCGCGUCAUUAAGUGGCUGUAUGGGUGCAAGAAUGCAGCUCAGGAAGGACCCAAAGAGUCAACUGUAUAGUAUGAGGAUUGAAGAUUUGCAGUUGGAACCAGAAGUUUGCAUACACUGUACACAGUCUUUAUAUUUCCCCGACAUUUGAUUUGUAUUCUCCCAAUAUUUUGCUGGACGUUUGGCCCAUUCCUCCUGACAGAACUGGUGUCACUGGGUCAUUUUUGUUGGCUCCCUUGCUUACAUCAACCCUAAUUGACAUAAAACUGGAAAAGUUUCGUAUGAUUUCAUGUCAAACAGUGAAGAUAAACAUAAAAUAUCUCUUUAUGCAGUGUAUCAAAACAUCUGGUUUCAACUGUAUGUGCCAUGGAAUGCUUAACGUUUCUUUUCACAUAAACUGUAAGCCAGUGUUUAAGUGCAUUCUUAAAAGUACCAAUUAAACUAAUUAGUAAAUUCAACAGAUGAAGGAUCUAGUUUUGCUCAUCAGUCUAUAAACCAGAGGUAAAGGGACAAAGCGUACCAGUUUUCAAUUUAAACAUUUUCAGGCAUUAAAACAGGAUCCAUACAGCAGAGGAUUAGAUUAACAUUGAGCUGACUGAUAACUUUUCCAACACCAAAUGCUAAUGUGUUUCUUGUAUUACGUGUAUAUGUACUGUUUGUUUUUUUUUGUUUUUUUCUUAAGUUGUGUGGUAAAUACUAAAGAACCACCUACCGGUUCUUUAGUAUUUACUCAUUAACACUAACAACAGCUUCUGUAUAAUUAUUGCAAGCUUAAAAUUUAGCACGUAGUUGUUGAUUAGCUCAAAGGUUGAUGCAUUUAACAGGUCUUAUGUCUGGAAUUUGUUGGACUUUUACAUGUUUCUCAGAAGAUUUUGAAAUACACGUCUGUUCAAAUGAAGUUCCUGGAGCUUCAUAAUGAAAAACUACGGCCUUCAUGUAUCUGCUUUGUACUUUCAUUUAACUAAAAUCAGUGUUACUGGCAUUCCAUGGCACAUAGUUACCUUUAGUUCCUUUACUGUAGAACAGCUGAUAGUUUCAUCUUGUCGGAUUUAAAUGUUGUAUUUAUAGAACCUAGCGACUAUUUUGUGUGAGUGUGAACUGUCCUUACUCUCCAAGUGUAGCUUGAUAGCAUCAGUGGGUGAGUGAUGUGGACAUUAUGCUUUACAUGUCAAGUUUCUUUUCAGUAUUUUUUAAAUUGUUUUUGGCAGAACUGGAUUCUGAGCAGACUUGAAUUCCCCAUGAAACCCCUCAAAAGGCACAUAGAGGUUUGAAACAUGCUUAAAGGUUGUUACUUUUGACAGUAAUGCUCCCUCGUACUGAGUAAUUUAAAAACCACUAAGCUAUAUUUUUCUUUGUAUAAAAAAAUAUAGCUAAAAAAUAUAGCUUGUAAAAAAAGUAAACGGGGUGCGUGUGAGAGUGAAGUGAACUGUGUACCUCAUUUGAAUCUGUCCCAGUUGAGUUUGUUUCUCUUUCCUUCUUUUUUCUCUUGCAAUUUUAGUCUUUGAACGCAGGCGUUGGAAUAAACUCGUGAGACGCUCCUGUGGGGUGUGUGAUUGCACUGAACUGGACAGAUAGAGGAAAUUAGAGAGUGUAAAAAUCAGCAGGAUGUUUAACACUGAGCUGGAUUCAGAAGAACAUCAGCAUCCAGAACAACUAGAAACAAUAUUUGGCCAAAUUAAUAUUUUUUUACUUCAUUUUUUUGAACUGCUUACAAAGGUCAAGAAAAUUAUUUAAAGUUGAGGUCAUUGCAUUUCAUUUUACGCCGGUCUAGUGACUAUUGUGUAAGUUUCUGAUUCACAAACCACGAUACACAUGGAAAACCUGGGUUAAUAUCCCAUCCUGUAAGGACUUUGAACUGGAAUCCUUCAAACUAAUAUGUUCAACUCUGUUUGAAAAGAGGCAGAAGUUGUUAAAUGUUGAAGGGAGUCACUUUCACCAUCUGUUAGUUUACAGAUGUUUAACCCAUGCAGCUGGUCCAUGAAAGCAUGCAGGGGAGGAUGAACCAACUUUCCUCCCACUGCUAAGCACACAUCCUACCUCACUCCAUCCAUUUCUCACUGCUUCACACUUUAUCUCCCUGAAAGGUCAUUCCCAUUUCUUGCCCUGGAGGAUGCCACUGCAAUCUGUUAAAGUAUGUGGAGGUUAGCCUGCGAGGACUCGUGUGCUGAGCGCUAACCAAAAAUGAUGGGCUUAGUUUAUUUAUACAUGUCAUAAAUUAAAACUUGCAGCCUUGAUGUUUUUCUGUAUUUGUCACGAGCACGACACACUUCUGAAGCGGCUUUUACAUAGACCUAUUUUUAUUGCAUGUUUACAAAGUGGCUCUAAAAUUUGGUGUAUAUGAGAGAGAUUUGUUUUUUAUUCCAAAACGGUUUUGUGUAUGGUGUACACAGCUAAUAAAAGCAGAAAAGUGAAACCAA